CCGCCCGUCAUGGCGGCCCCCUGAGUCCCACGGCGAGGGGGUCGGGAGCGACUCCAAGCUCCGGGGUCGCGGCGGGUGCUCCUGUCUCAGGAAUCACAGAUGCAGCCAUGGAUGAGGUCAGCUUCAGGAGCGACACUGUGCUGUCCGAUGUCCACCUCUACACUCCCAACCACAGGCACCUCAUGGUGCGGCUGAACAGCGUGGGGCAGCCCGUUUUCCUGUCCCAGUUCAAGCUGCUGUGGAGUCCAGACUCUCGGACAGACUCAGGGUCUGAGAGUGCCCGUUAUGGAGAUGUGCCCGCCCGGGAGGCCCCUCCCCCUGGGCCAGGCAGCCCAGGGUCUCCUCCGAGAAGCAGCUACGUUGGUGAGAGUGCGGCCCUCCAGGCUGGCCAGGAAGGGUUGGGUGCUCAGCUGGAUGAGGACGGGGAUCUGGACGUGGUGAGAAGACCACAGGCCACUUCUGAGCCCGACCCAGCGGGGCCUCCCAGAGACAAGGUACAUCCCAUGAUCCUAAUGCAGGAGGAAGCCGGCGUCCCGGGACCUGAGGGACCAGAGAGCGGUCCCCACAGCGUCAUCCAGAUAGAGCACACCAUGGCCACGACCCUGGAGGAUGUUGGCAAGCAGGUAUGGCGGGGCGCCCUGUUCCUGGCAGAUUACAUCCUGUUCCGACGGGACCUCUUCCAAGGAUGCACAGCGCUGGAGCUCGGGGCGGGCACGGGCCUGGCCAGCAUCGUGGCCGCCACAGUGGCAAGGACGGUGUACUGCACAGAUGUCGGCGCAGACCUUCUAGCCAUGUGCCAGCGAAACGUCGUCCUCAACAGCCACCUGGCAGCCACUGGAGGUGGAGUGGUGAAGGUCAAAGAGCUGGACUGGCUGAAGGCCGACCUCUGCACAGAUCCCGCGGUGCCCUUCAGCUGGUCAGAGGAGGACAUCGCCGACCUGUACAGCCACACCACUGUCCUGUUUGCCGCCGAAGUGUUCUACGACGACGACCUGACGGACGCACUGUUCCACACGCUCUCCCGACUGGUGCGCAGACUGAAGAACGCCUGCACGGCCAUCCUGUCGGUGGAGAAGAGGCUCAACUUCACUCUGAGACACCUGGACGUCACGUGCGAAGCCUACGACCACUUCCGCUCGGGCCUGCAGGCGCUGGCGAGGCUGGCGGAGGGCCGGCUGCGCUUCAUGGUGGAGCGCGUGGAGGCGUCCUUCCCGCAGCUGCUCAUCUACGAGCGCGUCCGGCAGCUGGAGCUGUGGAAGAUCGUCGCAGAGCCCGCACCAUGACCGGUGGCCUCCGCGAGGAAGGGCAGCCCACCCGCCAUCUUUCUAAUAAAAUCAAAAGCUCCGCAACGCCGGCC